GUCAAACCGCUGCCACAGGCGCUGAGUCAUUUUUGCAGCCGGGACCGAAGCGGCCAAAUUGACUCGAAGGCGGCUUAACGUAAAUCAACAACACGUCCGCUGGUUUUAGUUCGGCGUUCUUCCGAAGGAUUUAACUAGAUGCAAAAGUGAUUCCUGGGAUGUGAAGCGAAAGAAGAGGAUCCUGGAAGCUGCAGCCACCUGUCGCAGCGCAGACUUAGCAUCAAGCGGUCAAUAUCACUUAGGGGCAGACUUUGAUCCGAGAGCUUCCUGUAAGGAAGAGGUUUUUCCAGGACCCCCUUUGACCCCCAGCGUUAAUUUGGUCGAGAUGACUUUCGCUAUGCUACGCACGGCGCCUCCAGCAGGCCGCUUCCUGUACGGUGACAUCGCUCUCCUCUCCGAAGAUGACGAUGAGAACGGCAGCGAAGGCUCGGGUUCGGAGGAGCGCUCCACCAAUCCGGCCGCCUUCCGCCUGUCAUCCUCAUCCCCGUCUGCGUUUCACAUCAAGGUGAACAGGAAGAGGAAGCUGUGCGUGGGAAGUGGAGGCGGAGGGGUCGAGGCGGUUCUGGGGAGGCUCGGAGUCCCGGGUUCGUCUCCCCCGACCGAAAUCCGCCAGAGGACGGCGGCCAAUGCUCGAGAGAGGGAUCGAACCAAUUCCGUCAACACGGCGUUCACCGCGCUACGCACGCUCAUCCCGACUGAGCCUGCAGACAGGAAGCUGUCAAAAAUCGAGACGCUUCGCUUGGCCAGCAGCUACAUCAGUCAUCUGGGAAACGUUUUGCUCCUGGGCGAGGGGCUUCAUGACGGACAGCCCUGCCACGCCCCAUCGCCACCGUUCUUUCAGGUCAACUCCUCCCCCAACAGAGGAUCCGACCAAUCAGGGCAGCCCAAGCACAUCUGCACAUUCUGCCUCAGCAACCAGAGGAAAAUGAACAAAGACAGAGACAGGAAAACGGCCAUCCGAAGUUAACAAGCAAGCACCGCCCGGCCGUGUAUUUUGUAAUACUGCAAACUGAGGACUCAGCAGACGUGGUGAUGCAUUUCUGAGACUUUUCAACGAGUACUACAGCACUUCUUGGACUUUGUACACAAAACGUCUCUUUGUAUAGCUCUUUCUACAGUGCUCUUAAGGAAGCCUUUGAGUUUUGGGCUUUGGAAAAACAGCAUUUGGAGACUGACAUGCAUAUAAAACCCAU